AAACAGAUGACCUCUGUGACCAUACCAACAGCCUUGUACAGUAGAUGAGCAAGCGGAGAGCAGGCCUCAUACGCCUCCCAUCAUCAUUGCUCGCGGCAAAAGAACCCUCUGCAGCCGCAAAGCAGCCCGUGGCAGAUCCUAUCGUUGACCUCUUUCACGUCUCGCUCCCGACAUUCUUUGCCCUCGCUGUCCUCCUCUCCGUCUUUCUUUAUGAGUGGCCCAGCUGGUGGAUCCUCUCGGGUGCUCCUCUUCUCGUGUACUUUAUUCUCCUUGGCGCAUACAACGGAAGUCGCAUCUUCCCAGACGUUCCAGUCUGGUCCUUAAUUGCAGGCCUCAAUGUGGUCUAUUCCAUCUGCGCAACCUCUUGGCUUUUAUGGCGUAUCUUUACUUUUCUCUGCUUUCCACUCAUCUUCUUCAUUGGACUAUUCCAAUUUGACUGGCUAUCAACACGAGUCCGAGCAAUGCUGCGAUCAGUCCUAAACCAGCUGCACUUCGUCAGUGACAAAGUGGCCUUCUUCAAUAUUCCCGCUCUCGAGAUUGAUACCGACGUCGAUGGUCUCUUUGUCGUGCGUGGACUGACGUUUUGUCUAUCGAAUCUCACCAUCACCGUACAUGGUAUUGAAGUAGGCAUUAAACUCUCUGAUGAUAUGGAGUUGGCGUUGCAGGCAGACAAGGUUGUCAUUCCUCUCUUCAGGCGUAUCGUGAUUGGUGAUGUCUACGGGAAUGUCAAGGGCGGUCAGUAUGAAAUGACUUUUGGCGAUCUUGCUGAACGCACUCGAAGCUCCAAAGAUGGCGGGGCACUUAUGCAGACAAAUACACCACUUCUGCAAGCAGCAGCCAGUGCACAGGCAUUACCAAUAACGCCGGGUGUGAAAAUGACCAAAAUGACUGAUUACAUGUCUGAUGGCCAUGCUCCUGCAGCUGUCAGUGCGAAGGAAGGGCUUGAAGCUGUCCAAGUUGCGAAACUAUCGCCAGAGGAUGAAGAAGCUCACGAACACUAUCAUUCGACUCUGGCGUGGAUUGCCUCGACGAGCAGCAUUGAACAGUGCCGUGGCAAGUUGCGUCGUCAAAAAGCUCGUCAAUCGCAGAAUGGCACAACGGAGGACCUGGAUGAGCAGGACGACCGUGCCGGUAUUUGUGCAUACUUGCAUGCUGUUCCAUCCAUUGUCAACCCGCCACAACGGUCCAUCAAAGUUACGACGUUACAAAAUCUGACGCCUCCUGCAAUUCGCCGAUUCCUGCAUCGUCUGCCACUUCUACUUCGUAUGCUCCUCAAUGUUCUGGCUUAUUCGCAUCCAAUAAAGAUCUCCUCAAUCACUGCAGCUGGCUCUGGUGGAUGGCUCAAGUCCUUACUGGAAUCGGAGCUCUUCAAGGAGUAUACAAAACGCAACGCCGAGCUGCGCAAGCUCGAAAAGCGUGUUGCCCAAUGGACGGAAGAAGCGCAUUUUGCAGUACAGCUAGUAGAUGUGACUGGGUUGGCUGCUGUGCCAACCAUUUCUGCCUACGACAUUGUCACGCACCUCGAGUUUGGCGAUGUGCUAGUGUACCGUACCCUUGUCUCCGAUAUGGCCAUGGGUAAGAUUGUACGACUUGGUGGUGCUGAUGCGACAUUCACACUGCCGACGUACUUGCUACCGCAUCAUGAGCACUUGUUGCCACCGUUGCCAACAAAGGCAGACAAGGAUACAUUGAACCAGGAAGUAGAAGAUGCUGAUGACAACAAGCCUAAACAGGUCCAAAAAGAAGCAGCACUUGCCUUGGUGGAAAACGAUUCUUGUGAAGUGCAGAUGGGUGUUCAUGUGUGUCUUCCUGCAAUUUUAGAUCAAGAAUUGCUCAACUUCAUUAUGGCCCUUGUCAAGGCAUCACAAGUGAUUGAGGUGGAGAAGCAACCUGGCUUGCUCAAUGGAGAGGUGCAAGGUUUACAAAAUUUGGGCUCUGCCAUGGCAAAAGGUGUUAAGAAGGUCUUGGUGGAAGGCUUGAUGGAUGAUCACCUCAUUGCAAAGCUACUUGGUAAAGUGACCAAGAAGCUCGAAACGGCACAGGGUGAUGUUGGAUACUCUGGUGCAUUGCCUGUUGCCCUCGACGUGUACAGACCCAAAGAGACACUUCCUUCCAAAUUGUUGCCAUGAAUACUGUAAAAAGAAAAAGCAUAUACAGGUCGUUAUAACGCUUAAAAGAUGUAGAAUUGCACCAGCCUGAU